AGCAGCUUCAGCAGCAUGUCCCGCGAGGUAAACUUCAAUCGUCAAUCCCUUGAGCUACGUAAUCAGGAGUCCACAUUAUUGCCCGCAAUCAAUGCGCAUGCUGUUCGGGGCGACAUCAAUAUCAGCAAUACUGAAACACUGUCGAGUACUGGCAAUGCCUCCGCUGCCGCCGCCGCCGCCGCCUCCGCCAAUUUCGGUGCCAGCGGCUUGAACGCAGCACCCCAACGUCGCCGCCAGCGCAAAGGCAUUACACAACGACAGGAUUCAUGGUUUCGACAUUCCAUGCCACCAGCGUUGACGCGUGAUUUCGAGUCCAUUGAGAAUUUGGCGCAGAAUACCACCAACGGCUUGGACGAACAGUUGGCCGCCUCGCUUUCCGGCCGCUUUGGCGCUUCGACAUCCGCAUCAUUGGCUGCUUCGCAAGCGGCGCAUAAUGGCGGUGGUAGUGGCAGUUUGACGUUGUGUGGCUUUGGCAUUGGCGGUCUCGGUGGCUUUGGUGGCAGUGUGCAGAGUGGUAGUGGCGGUGGUGGUGGUGGUGUUGGUGGCGUUUGCAAUCGUCUCGGCGGUGGCAUCAUCAAUCUCAAUAGUGCCAAUAGCAAUUUGGGUUUCAUCGAUUCGGAUGAAUCGAAUCUCAAUACACCGAUAACACCGCUCGCCUCAAACUCAGCCUCGAUUUAUGGUGGGCUACAGCAGCAGAGUUCGGUAUCGGCUGCCUCGGUGGCUGGCACUAUUUCUUCGUCGAAUGCCAUGGGUAAUGGUGGUGGUGGUGGUGGUGGCGCUAACGGUGGUGCAGCGAGUUGUCGUAGGCAUCGAUCGAAACGGCGCAAAGAUUCAAGAGCCUCAGUACUGUCAAAACAAAGCGGUAAUAGUGUGCGUAGUCGCGCCUCGGCAUUGGCAGCUAGAGCUGGCCUACGUAUGACGGCGUCAUUUUUGCGCAAAAAGCGAAAAGAGUAUGAAGACGAUGAGGACCUUACAACAACGGCAGCAGCGGCGGAUGAUACGGAUAGACGAAUAAUAUUUUUGAAUCGGCCGCAAAUUCAGAAGUUUUGCAACAAUAACAUAUCAACAGCGAAAUAUAGUUUUAUAAGCUUUUUACCAUCGUUCCUUUUUGAACAAUUUAGACGUUAUUCAAAUUGUUUUUUCCUAUUAAUUGCAUUAUUACAACAAAUUCCGGAUGUCUCACCGACGGGUCGUUAUACAACAUUGGUACCAUUAAUAUUCAUUUUAUCGGUGAGCGGUAUUAAAGAGAUCGUGGAAGAUAUUAAGCGACAUCGCGCAGAUAAUGAAAUUAAUCAUCGAAUGGUGGAAGUGCUGCGAGAUGGCGCAUGGACCUCGGUGCGAUGGCGGGAUAUUGGUGUGGGCGACAUAGUUAAAAUACCCAAUAAUAUAUUCUUUCCUGCUGAUAUACUAUUGCUGUCGUCGAGUGAACCCCAAGCGAUGUGUUUCAUUGAAACCGCCAAUUUGGAUGGUGAAACCAAUUUGAAAAUACGUCAAGGUGUACCAGCAACAGCGAAAUGCUUGGAAACGAAAGAUCUGCUGCAAUUGGAUGGCACCGUCGAGUGUGAGCUGCCAAAUCGUCAUCUCUACGAAUUCAAUGGUGUGCUCAAGGAGUCGAAUAAGCCCACCGUUGCUCUCGGUCCCGAUCAGAUAUUGCAACGCGGCGCCGUUUUACGUAAUACCGCUUGGAUAUUCGGCGUUGUCAUCUACACUGGACACGAUACGAAACUUAUGAAAAACUCUACCUCAGCACCAUUAAAACGUUCAACCGUCGACACUGUAACGAAUACGCAAAUAUUAAUGUUAUUCGUUAUUCUGGUCGUUUUGUCGUUGACCAGUGCGAUAUUGAACUUUUUCUGGACCCGUGAUUAUGCGAAAGUGUUUUGGUAUUUGGGCAUAAGCGAGGACAUAAAAAGUAAAAACGCUGGCUAUAAUCUCUUAACCUUCUUUAUUCUGUACAAUAAUCUUAUUCCGAUAUCCUUGCAAGUAACACUGGAGUUAGUGCGAUUUCUGCAGGCCAUUUUCAUCAACUUCGACAUACAUAUGUACUAUGCGGAAACCGAUACGCCGGCAAUGGCGCGUACCUCUAACCUCAAUGAGGAGCUGGGCAUGGUCAAGUACAUAUUUUCGGAUAAGACAGGCACACUAACGCGUAAUGUAAUGGUUUUCAAAAAAUGCUCGGUAGCGCGUUACAUGUAUGAACCGGGUAAUACGCCAGAGGAAUCGACUAUAGUGCAGAAUCUACUUGGCAAUCACAACACCGCGCCGAUCAUCAGAGAGUUCCUCACACUACUCGCCGUCUGUCACACCGUCAUACCGGAAAAAUUCGAUGACGGCUCCAUUAUCUAUCAUGCCGCCAGCCCCGAUGAACGCGCCAUUAUCGAAGGUGCACGCAUGUUUGGUUUCAUCUUCGAAUCACGCACGCCACAUUAUGUGGAGAUAAAUGCACUCGGCAGAAUUGAACGUUACGAAAUUCUUAAUGUACUUGAAUUCACCUCAACACGCAAGCGUAUGUCGGUUAUUGUCCGUACGCCGAGUGGUGAGAUUAAACUCUAUUGUAAAGGUGCUGAUACAGUUAUCUAUGAACGUCUCUCGCCGGAUGGUCAAAUGUAUCGUGAUACCACUUUACAUCAUUUGGAAGAAUUUGCUUCGGAGGGCUUACGUACCCUCUGCUGUGCUGUCUCGGUGAUACCUGAAGAUGUGUACAAUGAGUGGAAGGAGACGUAUCACAAGGCUUCGACGGCAUUGCAGUAUCGUGAGCGUAAAGUGGAAGAUGCUUCGAAUUUGAUUGAGAAUAAUCUGAUAUUAUUGGGUGCAACAGCUAUUGAAGAUAAACUGCAAGAAGGUGUGCCAGAGACGAUAGCAUCAUUGCUGGAGGCGGGCAUUUAUAUAUGGGUGCUAACGGGCGAUAAGCAGGAGACGGCGAUCAAUAUUGGUUACUCAUGUAAAUUGAUUUCACACUCAAUGGAUAUUAUUAUACUCAACGAGGGUAGCUUGGAUGCCACACGUGAUAUUAUUCAUCGCCACGUGGACGAGCUGAAGAGCUCCGACAUGAAGGAAUGCAAUGUGGCGUUGGUAAUCGACGGGCAAACACUGAAAUAUGCAUUAAGCUGUGAUUUGAAGCAGGAAUUCUUGGAACUCUGCUUGGUAUGCCGCGUAGUGAUCUGUUGUAGGGUCUCGCCCAUGCAAAAAGCGGAGAUCGUUGAAUGCGUCACCCAAGCGACCGGUGCCGUUACACUAGCCAUCGGUGAUGGCGCUAACGAUGUGGCGAUGAUACAAAAAUCUCAUGUUGGUGUUGGCAUUUCAGGCGUUGAAGGUCUGCAAGCGGCUUGCGCCUCUGAUUAUUCCAUAGCACAAUUUCGUUAUUUGAAACGUUUGCUGUUGGUGCAUGGCGCAUGGAAUUAUAGCCGCAUAACGAAGCUGAUACUCUACAGUUUCUAUAAGAAUGUUUGCUUGUAUGUGAUUGAACUGUGGUUUGCCAUCUAUUCGGGUUGGUCGGGUCAAAUUCUAUUCGAACGUUGGACUAUUGGUUUGUAUAAUGUUAUGUUUACCGCUUUGCCACCAUUUGCGCUUGGACUCUUCGAUAAGGUUUGUUCGGCGGAGACGAUGUUGAAAUAUCCACAAUUGUAUAAGCCAUCACAAGAUGCCAAACUGUUUAAUGUAAAAGUGUUUUGGGUGUGGAUAUUGAAUGCGUUGUCGCACUCUGUGUGGCUCUUCUGGCUGCCGAUGUUGAUGACUCGCGAGUCGGUGUGGUCCGAUGGCAAGACGAGUGAUUACCUCUUUUUGGGCAAUAUUGUGUACACGUAUGUCGUGGUAACAGUUUGCCUCAAAGCAGGUCUCAUCACCAAUUCUUGGACUUGGAUGACGCAUGCUUCAAUUUGGGGUUCUAUAGCGAUGUGGUUCGUGUUUAUGGUCAUUUAUAGUAACUUUUGGCCUACGAUUAUGUUAGCGCCAAUCUUUUUGGGCAUGGAUCGUAUGGUAUUUUCAACAAUCGUUUUCUGGCUGGGCCUGUUACUUAUACCAAUAACGACGCUGUUGCCGGAUAUUCUCUUAACAAUCGUACAUAAUACUGUAUUCAAAUCACUCACAGAGGCCGUACGUGAGUCAGAGAUACGUCGUUAUGAUCCUGAAAAUGUGAUACGAGAAUCGAAGACAUCACUCAGUGAAACUGCGAGACUGCUACGUAGCGUUUUUACGCGUCGUGCCAAUACCAGAGUCGAAACGGAACUAGAAUUGUCGCACGGUUACGCAUUCUCACAAGAGGAAGGUGGCGCAGUCCCACAAUCGGUCGUUAUACGCGCGUACGACACGAACUUGCCGAAACCGGAGGGCAAUUAAACGAUUGAAAUGAGUUCGAAAAUGCGAAAAGGUGGUUUAAGGGGAAAGAAUGCAACUGAUCAUGGAGUUGGGCAGUCAAAGUAAGCUCUGCGCAUAUGUGGAUGGAAACACUGUGAAGAAAUAUGAAAUACAAGAAAAUUUGAAAAUUUGAGGAAAUUUUGCAACCGAAUAAAAAUGAAUUAAAAGAGAAUGGAAGAGCAUUAGAAAAAUUGAACGUAAGAGAAGAAAUCGCUAUUGGAAAUGACUUAAGAGACGAAGUAGCAAAAAACUGAAGCUUUUCGCUUUCUCUGAAACAGUAUAUAACAAAACUUUCCUAAAAAAAAAAAUAAAUAAAUAAAUAA